CUCAGCACUGCUCCAGCAUCUUCCCAAUGCCAUGCCGGUCGAUUUCGAGCUCAGAGGCAUAACAUUAUUAUAUGUAUUCCUCCUGCCCUUCAUAUGCGCGUACCGCAUCCUCCAGCUCGCGUACUCGACGUCCCUGGCCCCCGAACGCGGCCGCGGCCGCGGCACGCAGUCCAAGUCGGGUCGAGAGAGCGUGCCCCGGUUCCGCCCUGCGAAACACCCCCUGGCUCCCCCGAACGUGACGAACACGCUAUCCGUCGACGCGCGCGCGCACCGCGGCCGCUUCGUGCGGCACAUCCUCUCCGACGCGGACUCGGAAUGCGAUUUGGGGCCGGGCACCGACGCAGCGACCAAGGAGGAGUGGGCUGUGGCGCUGGAACACGUGUUGGAUGCACUUGGGGAGGCGGUUGACCGCGGGGGCUGGCUGACGGGUGUGCGGCUGAAACGGCUGCGGGGUACGGGCCGGCGGCAGCCAUCGGAGGGGGAGCGCCGCGAGCCACCGAGGCCUGUGCGCUCGGACACGAUGUCGAGUAUCGGCAGUGUCAUGACGCAGACUCCGACUCCCUCCACCCCUUUGUCUGGGUCGCUGGGCAGCCUCUUGUCGGACUUGGGUGCGAGUGUGGCGUUCCCCGUCGACACUACCGAUCAGUCGUUGCACCAGCUCCGGGAUCUCGCUAAUGCACACGCGUCUGGAACUCUGACUGGCUCGGAAUCGUCUGUUUCGGACUCGUGCGACUCCACACUGUCGUCGCACCCGAUGCAUCUCCUGUUGUGCGUGGCACCCCUGGGCAGCGAUGUCGCGCUUCCCAGCGAGGACAGUGGUUUCGAGCUCAUCCCUGCGAACGUCGCAUGCGUCUUCACUGAUGCUGUGUUCACUGUCUCUGAGGAAGCUGCGGAUGGUGGCGAUGACGGGGCAUCGGGGAUUCUGUAUGGACUGGCGGAAUGGGACUCUCAAGCACCCCCAGAUUUCAACUUGAGACUCGUCGGUGGCACUUUUGCGUUCAAAGGGGUCGUCUCUCCGAAACAAUACUACGCGCUGUGCAAGACUCUCAGGUUGUCGAUAUACAUGCACCUUUCGCUCUUGCUCGAGCAGCACUUCCUGUCCGAUUCUAGAGUGAAGAUCAGCUUCCCGGUAUCAAGGCCAGCCAUGCCGCUCUUCAGCAUACCUGAGGAAGAGGCACCUGUGAUUCCCAAACCCGCCGCGCGAUAUCGGCACAGCGGAGGGAUUUUAUUCGCCAUCCUCUCAUUAAUCUUCGGAAGCCCUCACCAACUCUACGCCCAGAGUCCUUCGGCUGCUACUCCCCCGACUGAGCAACGAGGCGGUCGCCUGCGACACUUUUCGUUCAUCGGCGAUCCCCGACCAGCUUUCCUGCGUCCAUCUCCCACCUCCGCCAAAUCCCCAACACCUUUCACCUCCAUCAUGUCGCGGCUGGCGGACGCCGCGACCUACCUCUCCUCCUCCGCCGGCGUGCGCAUCCCCCCGCCGCGGCUGAUAUCCGAGCUGGCCGCGAAGGAACGUGAGUCUCCAGGGCGGCGACUGCGGGGGGACGAGAAGGCUGGCCUGGGCAGCAUCCUCGGCUGGGAUCCCCGCGCGAAGGACCGCGAGGCGCGGGGGAAGGCGCUGUGCGGCGCGCGCGGCUUCGCGAGCAUGCAGGAGCUGAGUGUACUUGUGCUGCGCUGCGCGCCGAGCGAGGAGGAGCAGGGCGAGAACGGAUUCGGGAUGUGCGGCCGCCCGCGCUGGGACACGUACCGCUACUACGCGUCGGAUUCGGAUCAGGGCGUCGGCCAGUUUCUCGUGUCGCUGGUCGCGGAGGCUGCGGAGCCGUGUGCUCGGCCGAGGUGUCCGUGGAUGCAAGGCGAUCAUCUGAUACGCAUGGUGCAUGGGGGGAUUCGUCUGAACGUCAGGGUUGGCGAGGAACAUACCGAAGACGACCGUGGCGACGACGAGGCCAUCGACAUGUGGCUCAGUUGCUCUGUUUGUGGCAAAUGCUCGGCCAAGACACGUAUGAGCGACGGGGCUUACCUCUACUCCUUUGGCAAGUUUAUCGAGGUCCUCGUCUAUUCUCCUGCGAUCUGCACCAUCACUCCAGCACUCUGCCCGCACACCACGCCUGAAUCAAGGGGUACAUCGGCAUCAUCAUCAUCGCUUCCUGCUUCGCGAUUGUGCAUCGUCCGGCAUUUCCGGUACAAGACGCACGUCGUGUCCUUCUCGCUCUCCGUCGUGGAUGAAACGUUCGAUUUGCGGGUGCCUCAGCUGCAAAUCACACGCGAGAAAGACGCCGUCGGCAAGGUUGAGGACAAGGCGAGCGAGAAGGAGGUCUUGAGGAAGGAGAUCAACGAGUGGUGGACCCACAUUGCGGAUCAGAUGGAUUUGUUGGAAAGUCAUCUCCCUGGAAGCCACUCUGGAUCCACACCUGAGCUGGUCAAUGAAGAGAGUCUCAUCUCUGGUCUUCCUCCCAGUGGAACCUCGACACCAGACAUAACGCAGGCGACUCAAGAGCCCUUUGUCCCAGCGUCGAUGGAAGAUUCUGCCGAAUCCAUCCGCCCUCUCGGGGCCAUGCGACAGACUUUCCACCGGUUGGAGCAAGAUCUGUACGCCCAGCUGACUGCGACACCCGUUUCCUCGCUCAAUGAUGUACGUCGCGCGUUUCUCUCGACCGGCCGGGGAGCGGAGCGGCGCCUGGUAGCCUGGCAAGGCAAGCAUCUGCCGCGGAAUGCGCCGCCCGAGGUUGGGUCGGAGCCGGAGUGGUGGAGUCGAGGAUGGCACGUCGCCCCUGGCGGCAGUGUCGUCGUGCGCGAGGAUGAUUGGGGCAGCAUCAUGGCUCAUACUAUGAGCACGGUUGACUACAGUCGGGAAUUGACGUCGAUGUACUUGGCUCGUCCGUCGACGGCGAUGCUCUCGCCCUCGCCGGCGCUUUCCACAGGCUCGUCAAUGCAGUCGUCGUUCUUCUCCGGCCACAAACUAUUCGGGUCUUCAGCCUCAGCGAAUCCGGACCCAGAUGCCGAAGGCGGUGUGUGGUACGAAAUCGAGGAGCACGCGUCUGUCAUAGCGCGCAAGGAGAAUCCGCGCGAUGCAACCUCACUGCUGUCUCUGCGUCUCAAAAAGACAUCGGACAGCGUUCCCAGCGCGGCAUCUCGGUUUGGGAGCAUCUCGGCUGUCAGCAAAAGCGCGCCGACGCUGUUACCGCCGUCCGCCUGGUCGAAGAAAGCGGACGUGCAGAUCACCAAACAUGCUGCUGGUGGGCAGGUGACGAGCGGGAGUAAACUCGAGUCUGGCGUCGUCGGCAAGAUCCUGAAGGAGGCAAAUAGCAGCUUGGGCGAGCCGCGGCCGGCGUUAGCCACCUCUGGCAGCCGCAGUAGCCGGGCCAUCUCUGCUGAAUCUUUUGUUUCCGUGAAUGACGAGGAGGAAUUCGUGGAGGACGAGCCCAAGUCAGAACCGGAGUCUCCGGUUGUGCCGGAUGCAACACCGCCGACGAGCUUCUCGUUCUCGUCCGCCAUGCGCUCCAUAUUCCGGAGUGGCGGCGAUGCUCCCCGGCCGUCGCCGCUGUCGUCCAAGACACACCACGGUCUGCUCUCACCGGCCAUCGACGACCGGCCGCACAUCAAAUACGACUGGACGGUGGGCAAACGCGUACAGUUUAGCUGCACGGUGUACUACGCUAAGCAAUUCGACAAUCUCCGCAAGCGGUGUGGGAUCGAGGCGGAUGCGUUCGUCAAGAGUUUGUCCCGCAGCGCCGACUGGGCGGCCGAUGGAGGGAAGAGCAAGUCGGAUUUUUGGAAGACUGAGGACGGGCGGUUUAUGAUCAAGACGUUGGUCAAUGCGUGGAACGUCGCAGACUUGCAAGUUCUCAUCGACCUCGGACCGUCGUAUUUCCGAUACAUGGAUGCCUCAGCCAACAAGCCGACGGUGCUUGCCAAGCUGCUCGGGUUCUACACGAUCGAGAUCCGGGCACUGGACAGCGGCGAAACGAGGAGAGCCGAUCUGCUGGUGAUGGAAAACCUCUUCAGCGGGCUGGCCCGGGUCGACCGGGUGUUCGACCUCAAGGGCAUCCAGGGCCGCAAAGCGAAGCCGGGCAGCGGGACCAAGACGCUCUUCGACGGCGACUGGAUCGCCGCGCAGCGGCACACGACGGCGCCGACGCUCAUCCCCCCGCACGCGCAGCACACCCUGCGCGAGGCGCUCCGCGCGGACACGGAGUUUCUGGCGCGGAACAACAUCAUGGACUACAGCCUGCUCGUCGGCGUCGAUCUGGCCGCGAAGCAGCUCGCGGUGGGCCUCGUCGACACGAUCGGGAGCUACACCUUCGCCAAGACGCUAGAGUACAAGGCGAAGCAGGGCCUGCUCGACCUCGAGCUCAAGGGCAGCACCAGCCGCCCCGGAGCGAGCAGGAAGGAGGUCACGGUCGUCCCGCCCGCAGAGUACCAGGACCGGUUCGUGUCCGCGCUCGAAGGAUACUUUUUCGCGGCCCCAGACAAAUGGUCUCGCUCGCCGGACGAGCAGGACGACGUGCUGCACUCGGGCGAGCUCCCGAGUGUCUUAUGAUCACGAUCACGAUUGGUGACGUCUUUUAAUGUUUUGUAAUGGGGUUUACGAUAUCUAGAUUAUCUGCAGCAUUGUACUCACUUGGCAUCGCAUACCGCACAUUGGAUAUACAUUCGCUAGCAUUCUGAAAAUAAAAACACGCCCGCAAUUUCAAGAAA